AUGUCUAGAUUAAACGAAUACCAAGUUAUCGGUCGUCGUCUCCCUACUGAGUCAGUUCCGGAGCCUAAGUUGUACCGUAUGAGAAUUUUUGCUUCCAACACUGUUGUUGCUAAGUCUCGUUACUGGUACUUCUUGCAAAAGUUGCACAAGGUUAAGAAGGCUUCUGGUGAAAUUGUUUCAGUUAACAUUAUUUCUGAACCUCACCCAACUAAGGUCAAGACCUUCGGUAUCUGGUUAAGAUACGAAUCAAGAUCAGGAGUUCACAACAUGUACAAGGAAUACAGAGAUGUUACCAGAGUCGGUGCUGUCGAAGGAAUGUACCAAGACUUGGCUGCCAGACACAGAGCUAGAUUUAGAAAUAUUCAUAUCUUGAAAGUCGUUGAGUUGGAAAAGACUGAUGACGUGAAGAGACAAUACGUCAAGCAAUACUUGUCUAAGGACUUGAAAUUUCCAUUGCCUCACAGAGUCCAAAAAUCAAAGAAGUUAUUCCAAGAAGAUGCUCCAAGUACUUUCUACUAA